GGGCGGUUCGUCGGUGAAUGCUUCCGGGUCACGCUUCUCUUAUCCACCGUCCCGUAGGCCAGUUUGUGUGUCCUUUCUUCCGCUUCCGGUACAAGGAAGCCCGGGCUCUUCCGCACAGAGCUGGGACCCGGGGCCUGGCUCCACCCCAACCUAGGCGGGCGUCUCCGUCUGGCUCCGCCCCCACCGCGGCACCCGCCUCCCUCCUGAGCCCCGCCUCCCUCCUGAGCCCCGCCUCCCUCCUGAGCCCCGCCCCUCCGUCCCGCUGUUCUCCACCUGCCUGGAGUUGGGUUGCGGAGCGCGACCUGUAUUCGCGCCGGUCGCCCUCGAGGAUGGAAGGACGUCGGAGGAAGCCGGGUCGCCCUGCCGGAACGCCGACGCCCCUGACCUGCGCCUGGAAAUCCGCUCCCGGGACCUCCCCCCACUUGUGAACUAAGUGCGUGCCCAGGCUCCAGCUCUCCCCAGGCCCUGCCCUACUCCUGCUCUGGCCGCCACACGAUCGGUACUAAGAUUGUGAGUGUCUGGCCAGAGGGUGCACGCCUUUUAAUCUCAGUACACUGUACAUGUAAUUAUAAAUAAAUAAAUCUUUUUUAAAAAAAGAAAGAAAAUUCCCGGGCAUUGGCCAUAAUGCGCAGUCGGCCUCCCACGUUAAAGAGGCUACCAACCAGCCUGGACCUAAGACUCUCCCAGUCUAC